CCAAAAAAAAAGAGAGAGAAAAACAAGUCUCAAACUAGAGCAGAAGAGCAGAGCUUUGGUUUUUGGUGGAAGUAACCAAAAACAUCACCAUGGAAAAAUUUCUAGCUUUGUUUAACAAAGGCAUGGAAGAAGAAAUGUCGCGCCUUCAAAAAUUGUUACCAUUUCACGAGCAUCCUUUGGUACCAUUUACACGCUUUGAUCUCACCAAGUGUAAAGUCUGCUACUCAUCUGAUGAAGAUAAUACAAUCUUCAUUUCCCAACAGCCCGGUUGCAGUUACAUUUACGGUGGCUACCGUUGCAAUGAGCCUGGUUGUGAUGUUGUGUUCCAUGAAGAUUGUGCCAAGCCCUCACCAGAAAUCAACCACCCUUACCAUCCGGACCAUCCUCUCGAGCUGAUCCUCCUACAUACCAGAGUUUCUAAUUGUAGUUUCUGUAGAGAAUUUUUCAGUGUUGGUUAUCGCUGUUCAAUAUGUGAUUUCGAGUUGGAUUUGAUCUGUGCGAGGAGACCAUGCCCAGUUGUUCUUGCUGAAAAUUCCUACCUACAACACGAGCAUCCACUGCAACUCUCCAAUGAAGAGCAUGAAACAGUCAGAGAUUGCAAAGGGUGUGGCCAUCAACAUAAAAGCUGGAAACAUUUUUACAAUUGUCAUCAGUGCGAGUUUUUCAUCAGUCUUGGUUGUGUCGAUCAGAGUAGUCCUGAAGCAUACCACACUUCUCACCCCCAACACCCACUCAAGUCACUUAGAUAUGAAGUCCCUGGUUAUGCCGACAAGAAAUGCCUUCUUUGCGGUGUGGAGUUUGAUGGACUCCAUCGCCAGCUUCACCACUGUGGUGUUUGUAAUGUCAGCAUAUGCAGAGCAUGCAUGAAAAACCCACCACCGCUUGGUGUUUUGAGCCCAAGGACCCAUGAACAUCAACUUCAUCUUGUUCCAAGAUGCAUAGACUUCACUUGCAAUGCUUGUGGGACGUUAGGUGACCGUAGCCCUUAUUUCUGUCUUCAGUGCAAUUUCAUGGUCCAUCGGGAAUGUAUCGAUCUACCGCGCGUCAUAAACAUCAACCGCCACGACCACCGCAUCUCUUACACUCCUCGGCUCGGACAUGGAGGGAGGAAAUGCAAAGUUUGUCGUAAGAAAGUGGAUGAGUUCUACGGGGCUUAUUCUUGCUCAAAAUGUUCUGAUUACUCUGUUCAUUCAAGAUGCGCAACCAGAAUAGAUGUAUGGGACAUGAUUGAACUGGAAGGGACACCCGAAGAAGAGGAAACUGCGCCGUUCGAGGUGAUUGAUGAUAACACAAUACGACAUUACAGCCAUGAUCAUAACUUACGACUCAACCAUGGCCGGACUCUACCUGAAAACAUUGUUUGUCGCGCAUGUAUCUUCCAGAUUUGUUCAGAACCGUUCUACAGUUGCAGUAGAUGCAAUUACAUUCUCCACGAAAAAUGUGCCAACCUUCCUCUAAAGAAACGUCAUGUGUGCCACAACCAGCCACUCCGACUAGUCCCAAGUUUUCGCUUCUACUUUUUACAUUGGUGUAGUAUUUGUGGUCAAGAGUUCACCGGUUUCUGCUAUGAGUCCGAUGGAUUGACUCUAGAUGUACGGUGCAGUUCAGUUUCGGAACCAUUUGAUCACAAAAGCCAUCAACAUCCUUUAUACUUAUCUACAGAUCAAUCUAAGCGUUGUAGCGAGUGUGAGGCAGGCGGGGAAUUGAGUUGUGAUGAGUGUGUGUUUAGUUUGUGCUUCAAGUGCGCUGUUUUACCGCAAAAGGUAACGAGGUAUAGAUAUGACGAUCACCCUCUCAUCUUAUCUUAUGGUGAAAGGAGUGUGGACGACGAGUAUUGGUGUGAAGCAUGUGAAGCAAAAGUGAAUCCAGGGAAGUGGUUCUAUACAUGCGAUGACUGUGGGAUCACGUUGCAUAUUUCCUGCGUUAUAGGUUCCUACUCAUAUACAAUUCCAGGUACGUUAAGAUUUAGUAAAGGAGAAAUUGUAUCCAACAACUCUAUCUGUAGAGCACUUUGCAGCGUGUGCAAUUCUCGAUGCAAGCUACCUUUCAUUCUUAAGCUUCCCAAGGCCGAAGAUGGAGUUGAUCUAUACUUUUGUUCUUUAGAGUGUGAGAAUAGGAUUGAUAGGGCAUGUUUCAGGUUUUAAAAACUUUGUACCAUUCGUUGUAAUGAGUGUUAUAAUUAUGUUUUAAUCAAAUCAAUACAUAUGUAUAA